CUGCCUCCGCAGCUGUGACUUGGGGGCCAGUGAACCAGAGGAGAGCCGCGUGCGGAACAUAAGCUCCACACCUCCAUCCUCGGGACCAUCGGCUCGACCGCGGCGCGCCUCUGCUCUUUGGGCGAGUGUAACCAGGGCGUGACAGACAGCAAGGAUGUCCAACAACAUGGCCAAGAUCGCGGACGCGAGGAAGGCAGUGGAGCAACUGAAGCUGGAGGUCAACAUCGACCGGAUGAUGGUGUCUAAAGCAGCAGCUGAGCUCUUGGCAUACUGCGAGUCCCAUGCUAAAGAGGACCCACUGGUGACCCCAGUGCCCUCUUCCGAAAACCCCUUCCGCGAGAAGAGGCUCUUCUGCGUCAUUCUCUAACUGCAACAAUCAACUGUCAAUCAACAACACCAGACAUCAUUCAAAUUCCCACCAUCUUUUCUUCUUCUUCUUUUUUUCGGUCCCUCAGAGCACAGCCUAUAAAUAUUCACCUGUUUCUCAGUGAACUUUGUAUUUCCAGUUUGCUUUGUAUUUAUUGUUUGCUCAGUAUCCUAGGAACCCAUAAGUAACCUGUAAAUAAAAAUCUGUAAAUCAUAUACGCGUUAUGCUGCUUGCACACCCACAGUUCUCCGUAGCUGGAACGUAAAUGAAACAGGAUCACCGACGGUCUUAAGGGUGGGAACAUCUCCACCAUUUUGGAACCAAAAAAUGAGUCGAUGUAUAAAAUAAAUGUAUGAAUGUAAUUGUAAAUGUUGCCAACAAUACAAGAAUGUGCGUAGAAUUUUUGAAAAUAAAAGUGUACAAUAGAUGGGUGAAACAGAUGACUCAAUGACUGCAAUAAAAACCUGCUGCUUUUUUGGG